ACUGUCGAACCCGACGUAUAAAGGUGCGUAUGGGCUCACAACCUCACCAAAUACAUUAAACACAUGCAUCCACCUUCCCUGUCCUGUCAUUCCUUGCCCUGCAGCUGAGGCAAGAUGUACUAGGAGGCAUCGUAUGCGAGAUGCCGCAAGGUUCACCUGUGUCGUCUGGACGCUGCAUCCACCUCAAUCGAUCCAAUCAGUCAAUCAGUCAGGACCGUAAUAGACGAACUGGCCCAUAAUUAACCAAGAGAUUAUAGUGCGAUAAGAAACGGCCAGAAUGCACACAAUGCAUUCGCGUGGGCAAGAAAUGCCCAGGUUAUCGAGACCAGUUAUCUCUUAUGUUCCGAGACGAGAGUAGCAAGGUUAUACAAAAAGCACAUGCACAAUGGGGCUCUUCGGGGUCUCCUGCUGAGCAAAGCGGAAGUUUCGUUUCGACUUCGGCCUCGGCCUCGGCAUGGACGGACGAGUCGUCGAGCAGUGCUUCAGAUAGUCCGCCGGAAAGUGGUUCAUUACCGCCACCCAAGCUUGUUCCCGCAAAGAUACCUAAGAAGGUAGAUUUAAACAUGGAGCAGCAGGGCCUGCAGUUUUACAUCAAUCGCUAUCUUAUGCACCAUCCCGACUCCCCAAGAACAAGCGAGCAGGUAGCGGCGUAUUUUUCGAAGGCAGAUGCCGCCCAGAACGUCAUGAUAGCCGUAGGUCUCGCAGGACUGUCUAACUUGCUAGGGAAUAAGAACAUGAACCUAAUUGCGCGUUCUAAAUACGUCUCAUCUCUGAAGCAAACCGGACAGCUAAUUGCUAGUAAUGAUCCCGCAGGCCUUGUAGCUCGCCUUCGAAGCGUGGUGACGCUCGCUUUAUUUGAGGUCGUCCAAGGUAAAGGAUCUAGAGUGGCAGUGGGUUUAGCUAGCACACACGUUAAUGGGGCAAUGGCUGUAUUGCGAUCUGUACUGCCUCUUCCGCAAGCCCCUAGUGGAGGUGUACAUGGUAUACUGCAAUUAUUAUUUUCAAUGUUCAUUCCAUACCAAGCGACAGACACGCCUCUUCCACCUGGUUUCUUCGAGACGCUAAAAUUCUGUAAGCAGUUGAUGCAAGGAGUUCCGGAAAGUUGUUCAGUCGAUUUGGCUCUUGCUAUGGUUCGACUUCUCCAACUGUCGGCGACGUUCGAGCACACGGUAUACGCCGACGGGCGUUCGGCCGUGGAUGAUAUCAUACAACAAUUUAUUCAAUUGGAUAAUACGUUUGAUGGCUUAGAGAGGCGGCUACUAGAAGUUUUUCCCUUUACCGAAAAUAGGGGAGAGUAUCCGCCAGAAGCGGUCUUUCGCGGAAAGUGGCACAAGUAUAAUGUGAUAUGGGCUGCCAGGCUAUGGAAUCAUUACCGUUGGGCUCAUAUUCUCACUAACCAAAGGCUGGUCAAGUUUAUAAGCACCUAUCCUAUUUCGAGCAGUCGAACCCUACCGGUUCCUCGAAGAAUAAAAUCUUACGCCACUAUCGAACGACUGGCCGAGGAUAUCCUUAUAAGUGUACCUUCACAUUGGCACCAUCCAACGCUUGAUCCCGAAGUGACUCGAGUGUUUGAGGCGGAUGGAUAUGGCAAUUCCGGAGCGGUAGGAGUACCCAGCCUUCUCUGGCAUUUAAAAGUCGCUGGUUGCGCUCCGAACGUGCCGCCGGAGUUUUGGGACUGGGCUCAUAACGUGUUGCAAGUGGUUUGGAGGCAGAUGGGAAUGCUGCACGCAAAGGCCCUGUCAGAAAUCAUGGAACAGCAUCGGUCUAAAUUAGAUAGAGAGGCGGUCGGGUAUAAAGUAAAGCUCGAAGAGGAGGACGGCCAAAAGCGGAUAUAUUGAAUGACUUAGAUGCUGAUUGUAAGCGGUAUAAGCGGUAUAUCUGGAAAGGCGAGGCGUUCAUGGGCGUGGCUAAGCUAUGGGAAGUAUUUUGAGUUGAUGAUCUACUGGGCAUAUUUAGGAAGAGCAUAUAGGCGAAUGGCAUUAUACAGGUCGGUAAGACUGGGUUUUCAAAAAUACCCCCAAAGCUACCUAUGUAUAUUCGUCUGCGAAUAAUGGUCCACUUGAAUUAUUUUCAGCCUUUUGAUGUCUAAAACUUACCUAAGCAGC